UUUUCAGGCAUCAUCUCACGAGAAUCAGCUACAGAUGAAAUAGUUGUCAUCAGAGGAGAAAUUUUACUUGAUAUGAGAAGAGGCAUGACAGAUACCACAGCAGAGGAAAAUAUACGUGAAUCGAAAAAGAAAAUUGACACGUGGAAACCUUUCGACUCAUAUUUUGUAGAGACACAACUUGUAAAUGCCACAAAAGAAGCUUUAAAAAAAAGUGGAGUCGCUAUUUUAACAGGACCACCAGGUUGCGGGAAAACAAGCACUGCAUAUCACUUAAUGCUAGGAGAAGUUUACAAAGAUUGGACAAUUCGUAUUAUUCGAACAUAUGAUGAGUUUACCUUCUUAGAGUCUGGUAAAAAUACAUUUGUUUACAUUGAUAACUUUUUAGAUGGAUUUCUGUGCUUUGAAAAAUUAGACAAAUGGCUCGAUAUUUUUACCACUAUAUUUUAUAAACACAUUCGGAAAACUGAGAAUGGAUUAACAACCAUAUCGGGGAGUGGUAAUGUUCAUCUCUUAAUAACUACAAGAGAGAAUGUUUACGACAGAAUUUGCAAAUAUAUGAAACAGGGAAGAUCGCCAGUGUUUAACAUCAAAUGCAUAGUAGAUGCCAGAUUAACCAGGCUUUCUGAUGAAGAGAAAGACGGGAUCUUUGAUAGUCAAAUAAGGUACGCUGAUGAAAUCAUGAAAAUUGGUAAACCUGCAGAAGAUAAAGAGUUCAGGAAAAGAAUAAAACAGGCGGAAGGACCUGUAGGUUUCCCUCUGUGUGCACAUUUGUUUGCAUGUAAAGAGGAAUACAGAUACACGGGUCCCCAUUUCUUUUCAUACCCAUUAAAGUAUUUUAGAACACAAAUAAAACACGAAAUUGAUGCUGAUAAAACAAAGAAAACGAUGACUUUACUUCUUUUGUUGUUUCUGUUCGAAUCUAAAAGUGAAGACGCUAGUAAAAGCGAAAAUUUAGAUUUGAGAAAUGAAAAAGAGUGUGAAAAACUUUUGCAUAGUUUGAUUACUCCAAAGAAAUCCUCAAAAUUUCAUCCACUUGACUUUGAAAAUUUAACAAAUGUUGCUGAAAAUCUUACCAAUGGGAUACUUACAGGCCUAAAAGAGAGUGGAUUUUACCGUUUUAAGCAUCAAACUAUUAGAGAGGCGGUCGGAAAUUUCUUUUGUACCGAAUAUUAUGAAAAUGCUAUGGAACUCUUUCCAUUGGAGGUACUUCUAUCUCAAAAUUUUUCCUCAUGUUCAAUUGAUCAAUAUAUUGCACUUACAUCACGUCUUAUAUCUGAAAUUGAGAGAGGAAGUGUUUCUAUGGUUUUUAGCUGUAUUGCAUUCAAAGAUGAUGCUUAUUCCACACAUUUUUUCAAACAGCUUCAACCAAACAACGACAAACGUCUCCGGCGUUUCCUCCUUAUACCUGACGAAAAAUCGUCCAUUCCUCUCCAAGCUAUAUUCUGGAUAAGUAAAUAUAACCUGAAGACAUUGUUAGAAUUAUUUUUGUCGUUGAUAGGUCAAAGAGGCAUUGAUGUUGAAAUCCAUAAAUACCUUGCGUUGUUUGGUGAAAUUUGCACAUUUGAUGAAAACCUACAGUCCAAAGCCGAUAGAAAUAUGUGUAGAAAUGUAGCAGAAACAAAGCGGGCGGUAUUUGAGUAUAUGGACUCUGAGAAAAACACAAUAUUAGGUAUUGUAAUUAGGUCUGACAGAUCCGACGACGAAGCAAUGAACACCAUCAAAAUGUUAUUGAAGGAGAAUAAAAAUAUUGUCAAACAUAUUAAUCAGCACAAUGAAACUCCAGUAAUGCUUGCCCUUAAUUGUAAUCGAGAAAGAAAAAAGGUUCUCAAAGAAAUUUUACAUUCUGAUAUAAGCCUAAAAUUAUCCUCAAAAGAUGAGAAGGGAUGGACAGUUUUUCAUCACUGCAUCACCUCCGAUUUAAAAGACAAAGAAUGUAUCGAAUAUUUGACAAUAUUGUUGAAUAGUAAAUUGCAAAGAGACUUGAAUUGUUCUAGUGAACUUGGUGAAACGGUUCUUAAUCUCGCUGCAAAACACGCCAAGCACAGUAGAAUCUUAAGUAUUUUAUCUUUAAUAGAGGAUAAAGAUAUAAAUACAAUGGAUAAUGAUGGACGGACACCUAUUCACAAUGCAGUUGCACUACUUAAGGAAGUGGGACAUGAUCCCUAUAUUGAACUUGAAAUUGCGACAAGAGUCAGCAUUUUCAUGAUCUAUGGCUGUGAUGUAGGAUUAAGAGAUGAUGAAAAUUUUCUGGCUGCAGAUAUUUGUAAUAAAACCCAUUAUGACGGUAUCAAAAGAAUUCUUGCAUUAAAGUCAAAAAAUCAGAAACAAAUGUCCGAAAUCAUUCAGCAAACCCUGCACCAAAUCGAAGGAAAAUCAAGCUCAAAAUGUGUCACUGUUCCAAACCCUAUGGGUCUUAUCUCGUCUGAAAUGUUGAACGCCAUAGGUUGUGCUGCUGAAUGUCUAGCUGAAAUUGAAUUUAAAUCUCUUUAAAGUACUAUAUAUGUUACUAUAUAAAUAUUGCAUGUAGUUGAGUGCAACACUGAAAAU